GUUUCAUCACGGCCCUUGCAGCAUGGCCGCUGGCGCUGCCGCCGCCUUGGCGUUCUUGAGUCAGGAGAGCCGAGUCCGUUCCGGGGGUGUCGGGGGUCUGCGGAUCCCGGCUCCGGUCACGAUGGACAGUUUUUUUUUCGGCUGUGAGCUCUCUGGCCACACCCGCUCUUUCACCUUCAAGGUAGAGGAAGAGGAUGAUGCGGAGCACGUGCUGGCUUUGACCAUGCUCUGCCUCACCGAGGGGGCCAAAGAUGAAUGUAAUGUGGUGGAAGUCGUGGCCAGGAACCAUGACCACCAGGAGAUUGCAGUCCCUGUGGCCAAUCUCAAGUUGUCCUGCCAACCCAUGCUCAGUUUGGAUGACUUCCAGCUCCAGCCACCUGUAACCUUCCGCCUGAAGUCAGGCUCUGGCCCUGUGCGGAUCACAGGGCGGCACCAGAUUGUUUCUAUAAGCAAUGAUCUUUCUGAAGAAGAAGAGAGUGAAGAGGGGAGUGAGGAAGAAGCAGUUGAAUUGUGUCCCAUCUUGCCUGCCAAGAAGCAGAGAGGCAGGCCCUAGCCCUCUUUGGUCACCUAGCUGCCUGCCACAUGCACCAUGUUCCUGUACAAGUUUCAAGAAUUUCAAAUGUGUCUUCUCCAUCGAAGAGGAGGGAUGUGGGUUUGGGUUCUUUGGGCGGUGCUAGAAAACAGAGGGUCUUGUUCUGCAUAGGCCCAGUUAUUCUAAUCUAAUACAUUUCUAGGCCUCUUUUUACUCCAGGAGCGGAAGGAACUUUAAACUUCUGUCCUGAUGUCCUCUUCCUACUUGCUUAUGAGUUUGAAGGUCGGUGUCUGAACCUCAGGACUACACGUUUUUAACACUUUUUACAUUUUUGGAUAAAGUUUGAAAUAAAGUGGUGUGGAGUUUUUUGCAACAUAUAUGUGUUUCUGCUGGGGUGGCAUU